AUGGUUGCUCAGUUCCCUAUUGAGGCUGAUACUCGCACCCUCGAACUUAUGCACUUCCUCGUAACAGCUCCAGGCUAUCAGCCACUCAAGACCAUUUGGAUUGAGAUAGCACUAUGCGACUCUGGGGCAUUCCAUGUGACUCUCGGCAACGCAGCUCAUGCUUUAAAUCAGAUUAGUGGCAAUGACAGAGUGAAAUGUUCGGAGGCUUUGAGUCACUUUGGGGUUUCAACAAGGAAAUUAAGACACCGCCUUAACAACUCCACGGAGAGUACCAGCAAAGGGGUCAUCGCCAACAUAUUGGCGCAUAUCUGUCUCGCUAUAAGAAGCUAUGAUUGGGAUAGUUGGAGUAUGCACAUGGAUGGCUUGGGUCUCAUAGCGAAAGCUCGUGGUGGAUUCGCCGAUCUCGGAGAUCAGAUGACCCUUCUAAUACUGCUGUUACAAGCCUUACUUAUCCAGCCCAUGUCCCCUGUAUUCCUUCCAGCUGGUCAAGCAUUGAUUAUGGUCUCCUCAAUUGCGGAUGUCAUCAACAUGAACAGCCGCAGUGCAUCAUUUUGGAAGAAAGAUGUCGAUGCAAUCCGGUUGAUCGGCCCCUGCAUUCACUUUUUACUUUCAAUGCCAAGACUCCCAAGUGAUUUCAUGAAUAUGUCUGACUCAGAAGAUCUUGUCGCGAGAGAAGUGCAUGUCGAGAUACUUGGGAAAAAAUAUUUUGAGCUGAAAGUUUGGGCUCUUGUCACUCUUGCCUUACUGCGAUACCAUGACGGCAAAGAUGUCUAUGUCCAGGAGAUGAAAAGGGAAAUGCUUGCAAUGAACAAACUGACUCCACCUGAAGUCAUUGAGAUUGCAAGAGAUAUUAUCUGGAUCGAUGUCUUGAUGUCGCCAUUUUCAGAAGAUCUCGCGGUAGACCUGAAUCCCUUUGUUUCACCCCAAAGGACCUACUGA